UGUGGUAAUGUUUAACCAGAUAAUUAUUCUCUCAGGGGCAAGAAAAGUAAAUGGGCGCAAUUUCUUUGCUCUGUUUUAAUUCUCAAUAUUCUUGUGAUAGUGCAAAAAAAUGGAAGAGACAUUGGAUAGAGAGAUCCCACCAACCGAAAUAAAACUUUCUAAUGAAGGUGGCAUUCGACUACGGCUGAGAGACAGAGACCUGCUAAAGAAACGAAAGGCUGAGGCAGAAGAAAAGGCAACAAACCAGUGGGUUUAUGGGGAACAAAGCAUCAAAAGAGCAAAAAAGAGGUUCAGUGGUACCCCAGGAAGGAAAGGUCGUCCAAGAAAACAGCACCCUGUAGUUGUACCAGAAGAUAUCUCUGUGGGUCAGGAAAUAGGUCCUACCUCCGUCGCACUUCCCAUUCCACUACCUGCAUUAUCCACAGAAGUCGAGACAGCAGCUUUACAACCAGCUGAAACACAACCAGUGCCCGUGUCUGUGGAAACAGUACAGGAAAAACCUCUCGAGACAUUUCUCAUUGAGGAUUUGGGACCUGAUGAGGAGGAAGACAUGCCUCCAAAAAGGCUUAUAAUUGAUACAGGUGACGAUGAACAGCGGUGGGCUGAUGCGCCUGAACAGAGUCAAGCCUCAGAGUCAGCAUUUCCUCCAGCUACUGUUCCUUCCUAUCCAGAAAGCUUACCUGAGAAUAUACCUGAGCCCCUUAUUUGAGUACCUGUUGUGCGUAAUACAAAGCAAACAUGUUUGCCAAAUAAUUUUAUUGGAAUCCUACAACAAGAACAAAUGUAUAUUUAUUCAAAUUA